UCCUCCUCCUACUCCGUCAGUCCGGAGUGGUGGCUCCAUUAUGAAAGACUCAUCCUCCGCUGAGUCCGGAGCGGAGACGGCUGCUGGGCGCGCUCUUCGAUCGGCCAAGGGAUCCUUCCCCACACGAGACAUCUCCGAUAGAUGGCUGAACGUCCCGGAGGAGGCCCGCCUGACACUUCACGGUGAAGAGAAUGUCCCAGAAAUCUUGGAUCGAAAGUACUUUCACCAAGAGGGAAUGUAUCUAUAUAAUUCCAAGUUCGAAGGACCCACACAGAUGCCUUCCAGGAUGCCAAAUUUGCCAGCAGCUUGUGAGAUGCUGCUGUGGCCGCCUGGUCAGACAACAUGCCUGCUUCACCGCCAGUGUCGCUAUGAAGUACUCCGAUUUGAAACUAGGUGAAAAUUUCACGGAAGAGCUUGAAGAAUGGUCUGUGGAAAAAGACACAGAAGAGAGCCCAACAGAUGCCUAUGGUGUUAUCAAUUUUCAAGGUGGAUCACAUUCCUACAGAGCAAAGUAUGUCAGGUUGUCCUAUGACACACAGCCAGAAACCAUUCUACAGCUGAUGCUAAAGGAAUGGCAAAUGGAAUUGCCAAAACUUGUAAUCUCUGUGCAUGGAGGAGUGCAGAAGUUUGAGCUUCAUCCACGCAUCAAACAGUUAAUUGGUAAAGGCCUCAUUAAAGCUGCUGUGACAACCGGUGCAUGGAUCAUCACUGGAGGGGUAAAUGCUGGUGUAGCAAAACAUGUUGGGGAUGCUCUUAAAGAGCACGCUUCAAGAUCAUCCCGAAAGAUUUGCACUAUUGGAAUAGCACCAUGGGGAGUCAUUGAAAACCGUAAUGAUCUGGUUGGAAGAGACGUCAUUGCUCCAUAUCAAACUUUGCUGAACCCUCUGAGUAAACUCAAUGUCCUCAAUAACCUGCAUUCCCAUUAUCUGGUGGACGAUGGUACUGUUGGAAAGCAAGGUGCAGAAGUGCACUUAAGGAGGCAGCUGGAGAAAACCAUAAACUUGCAACGCAUUCAUGCACGCAUUGGCCAAGGCGUUCCUGUUGUGGCCGUUGAUAUUGGAAGGUGGCCCCAUGUGAUCUUACAGUGCCUGGAUUAUCUGCAGGAAAACCCACCUGUCCCAGUUGUUGUAUGUGAAGGAACGGGCAGAGCUGCUGAUAUCUUGGCUUAUGUGCACAAGCAGACGGAGGAAGGAGGAAUCUUCCUUGAAGGUGCAGAGUCUGAAAUCAUUUCAACUAUUAAAAAAACGAUCAACUUUAGCCAGUCUGAGGCCGUCCAUCUCUUCCAGAUUGUAAUGGAGUGUAUGAAAAGCAGAGAACUUAUAACUGUGUUUCACAUGGGCUCAGAUGAGCAUCAGGACAUUGACGUUGCAAUACUUACUGCUCUACUGAAAGGAACGAAUGCAUCUGCAUUGGACCAGCUGGUUUUAACUUUGGCGUGGGACAGAGUUGACAUAGCCAAAAACCAUGUAUUUGUCUAUGGACAACAGUGGCUGGUCGGUGCCCUGGAACAAGCCAUGCUGGAUGCACUUGUAAUGGACAGGGUUGCAUUUGUCAAGCUUCUCAUAGAGAAUGGAGUCAGCAUGCAUAAAUUUCUCACCAUCCCCAGGCUGGAAGAGCUUUAUAACACCAAACAAGGUCCUACUAACCCAACUCUGUUUCAUCUUGUCCGAGAUGUUUAAGGCAGGUAAAUGCAAGGUCAUCUUCCACCAGGAUAUAAAAUUACUUUGAUUGAUGUUGGUCUUGUCAUUGAGUAUCUGAUGGGUGGCACCUAUAGGUGCACAUACACAAAGAAGCGCUUUCGAAUAAUUUACAACAAUCUUCAUGCUGGAAAUCGGCGUUCUGGGAGAAACACUUCAAGCAAUACACCGCAGAUGCGAAAACCAUGAAUCAUUUGAAGCAGAGCAGAUAAAAAGGAUAAGAUGAGACACAAUCACUUCAUAAAAACUGCACAGCCUUAUAAACCAAAGCAAGAUACUUCAGCUGAUGAGGGAAAAAAGAAAAGGAUCAAAGACGAGAUUGUGGACAUUGAUGAUCCUGAGAUGAAGCGCUCCUACCCCUUUAAUGAGCUCCUGGUUUGGGCUGUGCUGAUGAAGAGGCAGAAGAUGGCCCUUUUCUUCUGGCAGCAUGGGGAGGAGUCCAUGGCUAAAGCUUUAGUUGCCUGUAAAUUGUGCCGCUCUAUGGCUUAUGAAGCAAAGCAGAGUGAUGUUGUGGAUGACGCAUCAGAAGAACUGAAGGAGCAUUCCAGUGAGUUUGGACAGCUGGCGGUAGACUUGCUAGAUCAGUCAUUCAAGCAGAAUGAAACUAUGGCAAUGAAACUUCUCACAUAUGAACUGAAAAAUUGGAGUAAUUCCACCUGCCUAAAGCUUGCUGUAUCUUCUCGACUUCGCAAUUUUGUUGCACACACUUGUACUCAAAUGCUGCUGUCCGACAUGUGGAUGGGAAGAUUAAACAUGAGAAAGAAUUCUGGUAUAAGAGAAGAGCCUUUUGUAACCAAGGGCAUAAAACCGGCUCAGAAAAAAGCCAAUCCUCGGGAAAAGUGGCACUUUUCUAAAAGGAAGGUGAUUCUGAGUAUUUUGGUCCCUCCUACUAUUCUCAUGCUUGAAUAUAAAACAAAGGCAGAAAUCCAUAUACCACAAUCUCAGGAUGCCCAUCAAAUGGCAAUGGAUGACAGCGAAAAUAACUUUCAGAAUCUACCGGAAAAUAUUCCAAUGAAUGUCUUUAAGGAAGUUCAGGCUUUCGACCAUACAGAUGUGAAGACUGAAUUGGAGACUCAAACAAAAACCCGCCGGCUUCCCAUUACCCAGAAAUUCUAUGCAUUCUAUCAUGCGCCAAUCGUGAAAUUUUGGUUUAACACGCUGUUCUAUUUGGCAUUUCUCAUGCUUUUCACAUUUGUGGUUCUUGUGAAGCUGGAGCCAUUGCCUUCUGCCCAAGAGUGGAUUGUCAUUGCCUACAUUUUUACCUCAGCGAUUGAAAAAAUACGAGCGGUUGUUUAUUUUAUGUCUGAAGCUGGGAAAAUUACAAAGAUAAAGGUGUGGUUUGGGGACUAUUUUAAUAUCACAGAUACAAUUGCUAUCAUUACGUUCUUCAUCGGAUGCGGGUUGAGACUUGGAGCAUAUAACUAUACCUCGGAAACCCCAACAGACAAUAACGGAGGAGACGCCAAUGAUGCUUUUGAUGAUCCUGUUUUUCUUGCUGGAAGACUGACGUAUUGUCUGAAUAUCAUUUUCUGGUAUGUCAGAUUACUGGAUUUUCUGGCUGUCAAUCAACAAGCAGGACCAUAUGUAAUGAUGAUUGGCAAAAUGGUUGCGAAUAUGUUCUACAUAGUCGUUAUGGCCGUCGUACACUUGAGUUAUGGUGUUCCAAGACAGGCAAUUCUAUAUCCGCAUGAAGAACCAAGUUGGACCCUUGCUAGGAAUAUAGUUUUUCAGCCUUAUUGGAUGAUGUUUGGUGAAGUGUAUGCUUAUGAAAUUGAUGUUUGUGCCGAAAACUCUGAGGUGAAAGAACUAUGUGCUGCUGGAACAUGGCUGACUCCAUUUCUUCAAGCUGUCUACCUCUUCAUGCAAUAUAUCAUAAUGGUGAAUCUUCUCAUAGCAUUUUUUAACAAUGUGUACUUCCAAGUGAAGUCCAUUUCAAACAUUGUGAAGUACCAGCGCUACCAUUUCAUUAUGGCCUAUCAUGAGAGGCCCUUCUUACCACCGCCUUUGGUUAUAUUCAGCCAUUUGUCUUCCCUCUUCUGCUUUGUUUGCAAACGAAGAAAGAAAGACAAGUACUCACAUGGACCAAAAUUAUUUUUAACGGAAGAAGACCAGAAGAAGCUUCAUGAUUUUGAGGAACUUUGUGUUGAAAUGUAUUUUAAUGAAAAAGAUGAUAAAUUUCACUUGGGAAGUGAAGAGAGAAUUCGUGUUACAUCUGAAAGGGUUGAACAGAUGUCUAUACAAAUCAAAGAGGUUGGAGAUCGAGUGAACUACAUCAAGCGGUCUUUACACUCUUUGGAUUCACAGAUUGGACACUUGCAAGACCUGUCUGCUCUUACUGUAGAUACUUUGAAAACACUUACUGCACAAAAAGCAUCUGAGGCCAGCAAGGUUCAUAAUGAAAUCACUCGUGAACUGAGCAUUUCAAAGCACUUAGGACAGAAUCUGGUUGAUGAUGGCCCUCUACGUUCCUCCAUGAGGAAAAAUAAUUUCUUUGGCUCAUCAUUUCCACAAGGAAGUCCCGAGGCCAACAGUAACUAUCUUUUCAACGUUUCUUUGAGAGAUGAAAGACAUACUGUAGGAAAAAAGGUGGGUGACUAUUUUCCACCUCAGAGAGAAAAACUAAAUAUUCCAGAUGCUGGUCCAUCUGGAGGUGCCUUAGUUUCUACUGCUGAUUGUCCUACAGAACUGCCAAACCGUGCACAAGGACCUGUAUCGCUCACUGAAAAUCAAUAUCCUGGUAUUUCCACCAGUAGCAUGCCAAGCAGUACUUCGCCUUCUGCUACCUUUUUUGUAAGCACGCCGAACCAGCCAUGCUUAAAAAAUCAAAUGGAAAUCGCAUCAAAGCUGGAAAUGUCCCUUCAACCGAGAUCCUCAAAAGUAGAGAACACUGUGGAAUUUGGUGCGUUUGUUGGUCACAGAGAAACUGUGAUACUGCAGAAACAACUUAAAAAUCCUGAAAACCAAACUGAAAGAGAAAUGAACCCUGCAGAUUUGAUGGAAUCCUAUCCUCCUUUCAGCUUGAAGCAAGUGAAAUCCUGUGCGGGGUUUACAGAGCUCAGUAAGAUCUCCCAGUCCUUGCGGCUCGAUCCACUGCAUGGCGGCAGCCGGAGAGCCUCACUAACCGAGGAGACAGCUGUGGAUGACUCCAAAGAAACCUUUCUAGCGGAUUGGUUGCUGUCUCAUUCAUCCUCCGCAAGCAAACCAAAGCCUACAGCAGAGGAGGACGCUUUGAAUGGUAUUGGAUCACCUUUCAAACCAAUAGUGGACAUCAAUUAUUGCUAUUCAGCUGUUGAACGAAACAACCUGAUGCGAUUGGCCCAGAGUAUUCCUUUCACCCCAGUUCCUCUAAAAGGAGAGCUGGUCACGGUGUAUCGCCUGGAGGAGAGUUCUCCCAGCAUCCUAAAUAACAGCAUGUCCUCCUGGUCACAGAGGGGGUUGUGUGCCAAGAUAGAGUUUCUGAGUAAGGAAGAGAUGGGAGGGGGAUUGAGAAAAGCUGUGAAGGUGGCGUGCACAUGGUCGGAGAAUGAUAUCCUAAAGGCUGGGCACCUUUAUAUCAUCAAGUCCUUCCUUCCCGAAGUGGUGAAUACUUGGUCAGCGGUGUACAACAAAGAUACAGUUCUUCAUCUCUGCCUUAAAGAAAUACAACAGCAGAGGGCAGCACAGAAAAUGACAUUCGCAUUUAAUGCAAUGAAACCCAAGUCCAUCCCAUAUUCUCCAAGGUUUUUAGAAGUGUUUCUGUUAUAUCAUCAUUCGGACGGGCAGUGGUUUGCAAUCGAGGAGUGCAUGAAUGGAGAGUUCCGAAAGUACAAUAACAACAAUGGAGAUGAACGUGUCCCAACCAAUAUGUUAGAGGAAACCAUGUUAGCUUUUAGUCAUUGGACCUUUGAGUACACAAGGGGAGAGCUUUUAGUUCUGGAUUUACAAGGCGUUGGAGAGAACCUUACCGACCCAUCAGUUAUAAAAUCUGGAGAAAAAAGGUCAUCCGACAUGAUUUUUGGACCAGCCAAUUUAGGAGACGAUGCAAUUAAAAACUUCCGUGCUAAGCACCACUGCAAUUCAAUCUGCAGAAAGCUUAAGCUUCCAGACUUGAAGAGGAAUGACUACACACCCGACAAAGUGAUAUUCCCUCAGGAUGAACCUCCAGAAUCCUCGACAGAUCCUGAUGGUUCCACCAAAGAGUCAAAAACUUCUAUCCGUUUAAUGCUGUAGCUGAAAUCCCAGAUAUGGUGGACAGUUCUCACACCCUCAGAAUGAGUUGUAUUGCACAUGUGUGCAUGCUGCUAGGAGUCAUGAUUUUUUUUUUUUUUAAACUUUACCGAGUGGAUGACCUUAUGUGAAAGGCCCUACCUUGGGCCUAAGCCUGAGUUUUAGCAGUCUGUGUGUCCAGGUUUUAGGUAAACUAUGCCUUGUGU